AUGACCACAAUGACGCAUGUGACCGCUGCGACCUUACUUCAAAUUGAGGCAGGCCUGGCGGCCCAGACUGAAAAUCUAUCAUCCGUGGAAAAGGAAGAUCUUCUCUUCAGGGUGAAGCAAGCCAAGAAAGCCAUCUGGGCUUGGAAGUCACACUUUCUUCGCUCUGUCAACCAAGAUUCUGCUCGAGUGGAGCUUUUGGAUCAACUAGAUGAAACUUCAGUGCUGCUGGUGCAAGAUUGGGCCAUGAAAUAUUUGCCCAGAAAGUACAGAGAGAGCCAGACCGACUGGUUUGGGAAACGUGGUAUCCCCUGGCAUGUGACAGUAGCAACAAAGCGCGAAGGGGAUGAGAUGCAAAUGCUUACAUUUGUACACAUUUUUAAACCGUGCAAUAAAGACAACUGUGCUGUACUCGCAGUGAUGGCAGAUGUUAUACGGCAGCUCAAGAUCACAGUACCCAAUCUAGCGUCCGUGUAUUAUCGGCAGGACAAUGCCGGAUGUUAUCACUGCGGAGCAACCAUUGUGUGCGCAAGAGUCCUCGGCGAGCAGUUUGGCGUAUCCAUAAAGCGCCUUGAUUUCUCGGAUCCCCAAGGGGGAAAAGGGCCUUGCGAUAGAAAGGCUGCUACGAUCAAAUCACAUAUGAGAGUUCACCUAAAUUCUGGUAGCGAUAUUGAGACUCCCGCUCAGAUGUCUGAUGCAACUCUUUCCUCCGGGGGAGUGUCCGUGGUUAACGUUACUCAGUGUGAAUCAGCCACACCUCUUGAGCAAAUUUUUGAAGGUCGAAGGUGUGAGUUUGAUUAACAAUGUUGAGUAUAGCGGUGACAGAAUUCGCGUGUGGAAGGCGUACGGUGUUGGCCCUGGGAAACUUUUAAAGUUGGAGAAUCCACCGUUGUCGGAGCUUCCAUCACUCACAAGUCCGCAAACACAUUCCAGUACCUUCACUUCAGUCAAGGUAAGAAGAAAAAACGUACAGCCUCAAGUUCAUGAGGAUCAAGUAGACCAAGAGGCUAACGCUGAAUUCCUAGAAAAUCUGACAGGUGUAGAAGAAGGACUUUUUGUUUGUCCUGAGGAGAGCUGCACACGGACAUUCCUAAGGCAUUCUUCAAUGCAGCGACACUUAGAUUGUGGUAAACACGAGCGAGCUCUAGAGCGCGAGACCUUAACAGACAGAGCUGUUAAGGUGUAUGGAGAGAAACUGGAGGGACAGACCCCUUCAGUACCAGAGGUUAUUGCAAACAGUAUACCUGACAUCAUACCAGAUUCGUGCAGAAAAGUACCAAUGGGCUGGGCACUAAGGGCUGGUGCCCAACUAAAGAGAUUUACUUCCAGCCAGAAGGCCUAUCUUACUGCCAAAUUUAAACUGGGGGAACAAUCAGGACAGAAAGCCGACCCUGCAUCAGUUGCACGUGCGAUGGUAAGCGCCAAAGAAGCGAGUGGUAACCACCUGUUUACAAGCGACGAUUUUCUUACAGCAAAUUAA